ACCUUAACUUUUGAAAAUUUCAUAAACACAAGCGUACGAGUACCUCUCACAUUGUCUGAUCUCGGAGUGAAAUAUUUGCAUAAUUCGUCCACCUCAAAUAACCUUAGAUUUACUCAUGCAAUCUUCGAAAAAUGGAAACAAAUCCAUCUUCUUCGAACGCUCUUGUACUACCAGGACAAUCCAUCGAACGGACACUGGUUGUUGCAGAAGAUGACAUACCGUUUGAGACAUUGACUGAUUUUGUAAUCCAGAACGCGCAAAGAGAGGAACAAGAUGAUGGAUUUUACAUGAUGAAUAUGGAGAGAACCAUCACUAUAUACAACAAGUGGUGUGCUCUUCUUCCAAGAAUUCGACCCUUUUAUGCAAUCAAGUGUAAUCCUGACCCAGUCCUUGUACGCCAAUUGAAGCUGUUGGGAACUGGGUUUGACUGUGCUAGCAAAGGUGAAAUAGAGUUUGCACUUAGUAUUGGAUGCAAACCCGAGGACAUCAUAUAUGCCAACCCCUGCAAAAAGCCUUCUCAUCUCAGAUAUGCAGCAAAACAUGGUGUUUCAAUGAUGACAUUUGACAGCAAAGAAGAGCUGAUGAAGAUCAAAGACAUUUGUCCCAGCAGUGCAGAGAUUCUAAUCCGCUUUUCUCCAAGAAUUAAGGCUGCCUUGUACAAUCUUAGCUUUAAACUCGGUGCUCGAAUUGAAGGCUGUGCGGAUAUUUUAGCGACGGCCAAAGAGCUGGGACUAAAUGUUGUUGGAGUAAGUUUUCACGUCGGCAGUGACUGCUUCAAUGAGAUGUGCUUUAAAGAUUGUAUAUACAUUUCAAGACAGAUAUUUGAUCAGGCGACAAACCUAGGAUUUUCGUUUAGURUUCUKGACAUCGGUGGAGGAUUUCCUGGMAAAGGCACGAAUGAAGAGUUACUCUUAAAGAUGUGUGAUGUAAUAAACCACAGCAUCGACGAACAUUUCCCUGCUUCAUCUGGAAUCAAGAUCAUCGCUGAACCAGGGAAAUAUUUUGCAAGUUCACCAUUUACGUUGAUAACAAAUGUUAUCGCUGUCAAAGAAGUGGAUAAGAAACAUUACACAGAAAAGGACAAUUCUCCUGUAACGUUUACUGAUACAGGUCCAGAUAAGGGAUUCAUGUAUUUCAUCGACGAUGGAGUAUUCGGGUCGUUUUCAGAAUUGCUAUUAUCGCCAGAUUUAAACUUCAAACCAAUUCCACUUAAAACGAUCUCGGAUGAGGUUUAUCCAACAUGCAUCUGGGGCCAAUGUUUAGGAGGCACUGACUUUGUUAACAAGGCAUGCCAUCUUCCCAAGGUAAUCGUUUUUCAUGAAUUUGGAAUAGCCCUCUUGAAAGUUCCUUACGUUACUUUGAAAUGUAACCGUGCCCUUGCAUCGAAGCUAUAUGAUUGUUGAGCUUGCAAUAAUAGAAAUGCGAUUCCUUUAAACCAAUAGACAACUAUUCGCAAGUAUCUACCAUCACAAACCCACCGACCGUCUCGAUUCGAUGCAAAGCCACAGAAAGCUUCAU